GCGUCGGGAAGAGCGAGGCAUCGUCGUGCGGAGGGGCCAGGGCACCGCGGAAGCGUCGCUUUCCGGCCAAGCAGCCGCCCGCCUCAGGAGGACGCCCGCGACCCUCGCCGGCCGCUGUCCCGCCGCCGCCGUCCCGCCUGGAUGCGUUCGGCGCGGAGGGCGACACGGGGCUGCAAGCGGAGGCGGGAGCACCAGGCUGCGGCGUGAGCGGCUCUUCCCGGACUCGGAGACCUCGCGCCCGCCUCCCAGAGGAGCCGCUACCGGAAAGGGGGCAGCAGGAGGGCCUCGGGAUGGCCUUGGCAGACAAUGCUAGCAGUGCCAGGCUCAGGGAUGGCUCGGCAUUCCCUGAGAUCGUCGAGCUGAAUGUGGGUGGGCAGGUCUACCUCACCCGCCACAGCACCCUGGUCAGUAUCCCCGGCUCCUUCCUCUGGGAACUGUUCACCCAGCAGAGCUACCAGUCCUUGGCCCGGGACAGCAAAGGCAGGUUCUUUGUGGACCGGGACGGCUUCCUCUUCCGCUACAUCCUGGACUACACGCGGGACCGGCAGCUGGUGCUGCCAGAGCACUUUCCUGAGCGCAACCGCCUGCAGCGGGAGGCUGAGUUCUUUAAGCUGCCCGAGCUGGUCAAGAGCCUGGCCCCGAAGGUCAGCAAGCAGAACUCCCUGGGCGAGGAGCCCUGCCCCAGCGACCCUGAGGACCUCUCUCCCAGCACAGACGCUGUCCACACCCCAGGAGCCACCAGCGCGGCCUUGGCCGGGCUCCCCGGCAGCUCUGUCACCUCCGCGGCUGGGGGUGGCCUGGGGCAGGAAGCCCGUCGGUCGGGCUUCAUCACCAUCGGCUACCGGGGCUCCUACACCCUUGGGCGCGACAGCCAAGCAGACGCCAAGUUCCGCCGGGUGGCGAGGAUCAUGGUGUGUGGGAAGACCUCCCUGGCCAAGGAAGUCUUUGGGGAGACCCUCAAUGAGAGCAGGGACCCGGACCGCCCCCCCGAGCGCUACACCUCCAGGUACUACCUCAAAUUCACCUUCCUGGAGCAGGCCUUUGACAGACUGGCUGACUCUGGCUUCCACAUGGUGGCAUGCAACUCCACUGGGACCUGCGCCUUCGCUCACGAACAGACAGACGACAAGAUCUGGACCUCGUACACCGAGUAUGUUUUCUACCGUGAGUGACCCUUGAGCCCAAGAGCCCAAAGGCACGAAUCCUCCAUGCUUUG